AUGUUUCACGAUAAUUCAUCAAGUACUCGUCUCAGUGAUUCAAUAAGGCCAAUUUGCUCAUCCUUCUUUCCACCGACUCGGCACCAAAGCAGUCUGCUUUCUGGUUGCUUCUUUGCAUCAAUAGGCCGCGAAUAUUCACAUUCUCGUAUUUCAGCCCGGCAACAGAGCUCUACUCUGUCGACCAUUGAGGCCAACUAUUUACUUACCCCUUUGCGUACAGGCUCACGACCUUCUAGCUCGUUGUUUCUAUCACAUCCAUCAACUCAGAUUGCUGCAUAUAAAUGCUUUGAUCCGCUCUUUUUUGCAUCAUUCGAUUACUCACAGCUGUCAAGUUGUGUCCAUGCUUCUCCUUUGUGCUCCUUAUCUCAUUCCUUCUCUAUCCCUCCUCCUCUUAUGCUCUCUUUUAUACCCUUUUCUGGUCACCAGGGCGUCAAGUUUGACCCCGACGGCAACCAACACAUGCGAUUGGAGUUUGCGCGCAGCAACACGAAAGUAACCAAGCCGAAAUUGUCCAACCCCAGCAUCCUGGCCGGAUUCGGGCUUGGACCGCACCAGACAGCUGGGCCCGGGACCCUGGUAGGACUCGGGCCUGCAGGCGCAGCCGCAGGUCUGUCGGGACUGGUUGCGGGCCUGCCCCCGGGCCUGUUUCCUCAGCUGACCGGAUUUGCUAUUAAUCUCUUGCCGAUGCUGGGUUGGCAUUUUUCUGGGACCAAUUUAUGUCGCCAUCCAUUCGGUGUUGGCGUUGCAGCCACUGGUAGAAUUGCGACUCACUUCAAAUUGAAAAGGAGUCAUGACCUCGUUGCUAUUUACCACCGUUGCUUGCGCCUCAAACGGACGUUUGCAUUUCUAGCCUGGACUGCAAUCUCCAUCUGCCUUCAUUGUGUCAUCAGCCCGCCGAGGUGGGCUCGAACUGUGGCGGUGCGAGUUCACAGGCACAAUUAUUAUCCCUCAGGCCUUUCGUUCAAAGUGGUUUGGAUUGUGAAGCCACAACUUUUCUAUCUCCGACGCCCACAUUUCGUGUCUGUCUGUGAUCCAGGCGAGCCCCGAAGGAGGCUAGAACUACGGUCCAGCCUGGUUGAGAUUGCCUUUUGGCGAUUGGUAGCGCAGUGA